AUGGAUGUAAUGACCAAGGAUGUUAGAGAAGCAGUGUCACGGUGCAUAUUAUAUGCAGAUGACAUUGUUUUGUGUUCAGAGGGGAAGGAGGAGUUGAGGUUGGAGAGGUGGAGAGCUGCACUUGAGGAGAGACGAAUGAGAAUAAGCAGAUCAAAAACCGAAUAUGUGUGUUCCAAUAUUACUGAGGAUGGUGGAAAUAGUAUAAGAUUGGGUGGGGAAGGAAUAAAGAGAUUACAGAAGUUCAAGUACUUGGGGUCCAUAUUAGAGGAUAGUGGAAGCAUGGACCAAGAGGUGAGACAUCGAAUUCAGGCAGGAUGGAAUAACUGGAGGUCUGCAUCAGGGGUCCUCUGUGACAAGGUUUCUCUGAUAUUGAAGGGAAUGUUUCAUAGGACGGUGGUCAGACCAGCAAUGUUAUAUGGAACAGAAACAGCAAGUAUGAGGAAAACAGAGGAGAAGAAGAUGGAUGUAGCAGAAAUGAGAAUGUUGAGAUGGAUGUUGGGAGUAACAAUGGAAGAUAGGAUCAGAAAUGAGUAUGUAAGAGGAUCGGCAAAGUUAGUUGAAAUAUCAAAGAAAAUACAGGAGGGAAGCCCUCGAUGGUAUGGACACCUGUUACGAAGAGAGGAACAUCAUGUUGGAAUACUUACAAUGGAAAUGGAAGUGUGGGGUAGAAGGAAGAAGGGGAGAGGGGAGACCAAAAAAAAGAUGGCGUGA